AGACCGCCGCGUGGUGUCGAAUCUUUGUGGGCUUCAGUUGACAAGUCACACACAAGGAGCACGGAGCUGACUCAUCACCAUUUCUUCCCUCUUCCCCUGCCAACAUGCCCACUUUGGAGCGCCUUUGUGGCUUUUGUUUCUCCUGAUAACUCCUCUCCCCACCUCCCGGUCGCUGUUGGAUUAAAUUAAAAAAAAAAAAAAAAAAAAAAAAAAGAGAGAGAGAGAGAGAGAGCAUUGCAACAUCGGACCCGAGAGUUCUCCUCCUCAGACUGAUUGCAACCGUUGUCGCGAAGUGCCAGCCGCUUUUGUUCGUUCAGCGAGGAAACGUCGCAAAGAGCUCUGCAGCUGUUGCAAGAAGAAACUCGCGGAUUCCCGGCACAGCAGAGUCGCCGGAGCGCUCGACUUGCAGGCUCUCAGUCAGACGAGCAGAAGAACCAUGUCCUCGUCCAGAUUCAAGAAGGAUAAGGAGAUCAUUGCGGACUACGAGACCCAAGUGAAAGAAAUCCGUAACCAGUUGGUGGAGCAGUUCAAGUGCUUGGAGCAACAGUCGGAAUCUCGCAUCCAGUUGCUGCAGGACCUCCAGGAUUUUUUCCGUCGCAAGGCUGAGAUUGAACUGGAAUACUCCCGCAGUUUAGACAAACUCUCCGAGAGGUUUUCCUCCAAGAUCCGUAGCUCCAGGGAACACCAACAGUUCAAGAAAGACCAGCACCUGCUAUCGUCUGUGAACUGCUGGUACCUGGUGCUGAACCAGACCAGACGGGAAAGUCGCGACCACGCCACCCUCAGUGACAUCUACACCAACAAUGUCAUUCUGCGCUUGGCCCAGAUCAGCGAGGACGUCAUCCGCCUCUUCAAGAAGAGCAAGGACAUCGGGAUCCAGAUGCACGAGGAGCUGGUGAAGGUGACCAAUGAACUCUACACUGUAAUGAAGACGUACCACAUGUACCACACGGAGAGCAUCAGCGCCGAAAGCAAGCUGAAGGACGCAGAGAAACAGGAGGAAAAGCAGUUCAGCAAGUCGGGAGAUCUCAACGUGAACCUCCUGCGGCACGAAGACCGCCAGUCCCGACGCAGCUCUGUGCGGAAGAUCGAGAAGAUGAAAGAGAAGAGGCAAGCCAAGUACUCAGAGAAUAAGCUGAAAUGCACCAAAGCGCGCAAUGACUAUUUGUUGAACCUGGCUGCAACGAACGCUGUGGUGGCCAAAUAUUACAUCCAUGAUGUCGCUGAUAUGAUAGACUGCUGCGACCUGGGAUACCACGCUAGCUUGGGGCGGACCUUUAGGACCUACUUGUCCGCAGAGUACAACCUGGAGACGUCUCGCCACGAGGGACUCGAUGUCAUCGAGAACGCGGUGGACAACCUGGACUCUCGCAGCGACAAACACAAGCUCAUGGAUAUGCAUAACCAGGUGUUCUGCCCUCCUAUGCGCUUCGAGUACCUGCCUCACAUGGGAGAUGAGGUGUGCCAGGUGAGUGCCCAGCAGCCCGUCCAGACUGAGCUCUUGAUGCGCUACCACCAACUACAGUCUCGCUUGGCUACACUGAAGAUUGAGAAUGAGGAGGUGCGAAAGACCUUGGACGCCACAAUGCAAACUCUGCAGGACAUGCUGACAGUGGAGGAUUUCGAUGUGUCAGAUGCCUUCCAACAUAGCCGCUCCACUGAAUCCAUCAAGUCCCUGGCCUCCGAGUCCUACAUGAGCAAGAUGAAUGUUGCAAAAAGGAGGGCCAACCAACAGGAGACUGAAAUGUUCUACCUCUCAAAAUUCAAGGAGUACCUGAAUGGCAGCAACCUCAUCAUUAAGCUGCAGGCCAAGCAUGACUUGCUGAAGCAGACCCUUGGUGAAGGGGAAAGAGCUGAAUGCGGAACCACAAGGCCCCCCACCCUUCCCCCUAAACCCCAGAAAAUGCGGAAGCCUAGACCGCGCUCCGUCUAUAACCAUAAGCUGUUUAAUGGCAAUUUGGAGACCUUCGUCAAGGAUUCAGGUCAACCAAUUCCACUUGUGGUCGAGAGCUGUGUCAGAUACAUCAACCUCUACGGCCUGCAGCAGCAAGGCAUAUUCCGAGUACCGGGAUCACAGGUGGAAGUCAAUGAUAUUAAAAAUUCAUUUGAAAGAGGAGAAGAUCCCUUAAUAGAUGACCACAAUGAGCAUGACAUCAACUCAGUGGCAGGAGUGCUUAAACUGUAUUUCCGAGGACUCGAGAACUCCCUCUUCCCAAAGGAGCGUUUCCUGGACUUCAUCUCGACCAUCAAGCUGGAGUCGGGAGCGGAGCGAGCGCAUCACAUCCAGCAGAUUGUUGUGACGCUGCCUCGAACCAUCAUCAUUGUCAUGAGAUACCUUUUUGCUUUUCUCAAUCAUCUCUCCCAGUAUAGUGACGAAAACAUGAUGGAUCCAUACAACUUGGCCAUCUGCUUUGGUCCCACGCUGAUGCCCAUUCCCGACAGCCAGGACCCCGUGUCAUGCCAGGCGCAUGUGAACGAGGUCAUCAAGACUAUCAUUAUCCACAAUGAAGUCAUCUUUCCCAGUUUACGUGAAAUGGACGGCCCAGUCUAUGAAAAGUGCAUGACUGGGGGCGAGGAAUACUGUGACAGCCCUCACAGUGAGCCAGGAACUCUUGAUGAAGCUGACAAUGGAACUGAACCACACACAAGUGAUGAAGAGGUUGAACAAAUCGAGGCCAUCGCUAAAUUCGAUUAUGUGGGCCGCAGCCCGAGAGAACUUUCCUUCAAGAAGGGAGCGUCUCUGCUUCUCUAUCACCGGGCAUCUGAGGACUGGUGGGAGGGCCGACACAAUGGUGUGGAUGGGCUGAUCCCUCAUCAGUACAUUGUGGUGCAAGACAUGGACGAUGCCUUCUCAGAUAACCUCAGUCAGAAAGCAGAUAGUGAAGCCAGCAGUGGGCCACUACUGGUUGAAAAAAGUUCAUCCUCACCAUGUGAACAAUCAUCCGAUUACAGCGUGGGAGGCGUCACUGGCAGGAUCCGACUGCGUUCCGACGGAGCAGCAAUUCCACGUCAUCUCUGUGGCACAGACACUCAGAGUCCAACCAGAGUGCCUGACACGCCUCUGCGGGCCGCCGCCUGUCCCAGCAGCCCCCACAAGAUGUCCGUCGACAAGGCGCGUAUGGAAAGCCCAGAAAAAAGGCGACUGGGGACCUUUGGUAGUGCAGGAAGUAUUAACUACCCAGAAAGGAAGGCUUAUCCUGAGGGCCAUCCACUGAGGCCCAUGUCAGGGGCCACUCGUCACAGCAGCCUUGGGGACCACAAAUCACUGGAAGCUGAGGCUCUGGCUGAGGACAUAGAGAAGACCAUGACCACAGCACUCCAUGAGCUUCGUGAGCUGGAGCGACAGAACUCCGCCAAGCAGGCUCCCGAUGUGGUGCUGGACACGCUUGAGCCCCUGAAGAACCCCGUUAGCUCCGAGCCCGGCAGCCCCUUGCACACCAUCAUGAUCCGUGACCCAGAUGCAGCCAUGCGCCGGAGCAACAGUUCCACCUCUGAGAUGAUGACCACCUUUAAGCCGGCGCUCUCGGCCCGACUCGCUGCUGGCCCUCAACUGCGCCCCCCGCCCAUGAGGCCGGUGCGACCCCCUCCCACCCAGCACCGUUCAAGCAGCUCCAGUUCCUCUGGGGUGGGCAGCCCAGCUGUAACGCCCACCGAUAAAAUGUUUCCCAGUACCAACACAGCGCCCGGGUCUGGAGUGAAUGUGUCCACUGAUGGUGCUGACAAAUCUGGCACCAUGUAGCAAAGGUCACAUUAGAGGGCUGGUAUUGGGACUGCAACUCAUGAUUAAUAUUUUCAUUAUCAAUUUAAUCUACAGAUCAGAAAGUAGUGCUGAGUGAUCAGGGAAAUUUCCUUCAGCUCAGGGAGAUGAUAGUCCAAAAGACAAAAGCAUUUCAUAGAGUAUAAGGUAAUACAGUACAGGACAUGGUGUAUAAAAACAGCAGAUAAAUGAUCAAAAAUUCUCCAUGCUGCAUUCAGCAGCACUUUCUCUUUAGUUUCCACUUGAACAUCAGCUUUACAGAUGCCAUGUUUGCUCUUCACGUGGUAAUGAUGUUUACUAUGACAUAUGGGGUAUGAGAUGUCAUGUGGGGGGGGGGGGGGGGGAUCCAGUGUUCAAUGUUGUUUGAGAAAAUAGAAGAGCUAGAACAUGAUAAUAGUGGGAAAUUUUAUUAAUGCACUUAAAAAAAAAAUGAAGUUGCAGAUCAAUUUCCUGUAGAACGACCUGUUGCCGCUCACAUCAUUUAGCUUUCCAAACGCUCUGGGCAAUAUGCGACAAACUGUGAUGCUUUAUCUCUGUUUUCUGCCUGACUUCACUCGGAUCUGUAGGCAGCUCCUGAAGUGAAGGGUUGCCAUGGUGAUGCAGAUGGGGAGAGGGCUGCAGAGGUGCGAUAGGUUCAAGCUUUCCGUUCUUUGAAACUGUUUAUAACAACAAUAUAAAUGCAUAACAUUAUGCGUUUAUAUCAGUUUAUACCUCAAGCUCAACUAACUAAAUCUGUGUCCAUGGAGUCAGAUUGUGGACAUUUGGACUUGUGUGCUUGCCAGUGCACCUUUAAUGCAUCAAGUGGACUGGUGAAGACAUUCAGGCACACUGGGGAAACAGCAGAGAUAUUAAAGACUGAACCACGGGGUCGAGGGAGAAAACACAUUUUCAACAAUGUGCUUGUUAACCAGUGGAAGUAUACAGUACAUAGUACUUGUCCUAUAACAGCACAGGUGUAACUCUCAGUAUGUCCACCAUGUGCAACCUGUAUAUGGCAGACACAAGUAAUUCAUCCACUAUUUGUUCAAGUCCUGCAAUGUGUAAAUACAGUAGCUAUUUUUUUUUUUUUUUUUUGUGUAAAUGUUUUGAUUUUGUACAGACUAAUAGCGAAACAGGAGAUGGCUGACAUGAAAGCUAUUUGAAAAUAUCUCAACCUAACACUCCUUUUUAAUCGUCUUCAAUACAAUACAAACAUUCUUAGGCUGUGUGAAAUCAUCUCCCCUGUACUGUGUCCUUCGAAUCCAGUUGCUCAGUGUUCUAUACUGAGCUGAUGGCUGGAUUGGUUCGCCCUUACAUUCUUGGUAAAUCUUAAUUUGAAAUACUUGAAGUAUUUCAGGGUCACACGGUGUCAGAGUGGUUACCACAUGUUCCUCACAGCUCCGAGGUCAGGGGUUUGAAGCCGGGCUACAACCUUCCUGUGUGGAGUUUGCAUGCUCUCCCUGUGCUUGCGUAGGUUUUCUCUGGAUACUCUGGCUUCCUUCCAUAUUCCAAAAACAUGCAUGUUUGGUUCAAUGAAGACUAAAUUGUCCAAAGUUAUGAAUGCGAGUAUGAAUGGCUGGCGACCAGUUCAGGGUACACCCCGCCUCUCUCCUCUAUUCAACUGGGAUAGGCUCCAACUCACUCAGAAAUGGAUGGAAAAUGGAUAGAUGAACUGUAUAAGAAAUGUGUUGAAUAGGAAACACAUGACAUUGCUUUUCCAGAUGAGGCAGGGCGUCAUACUGUCAAUUACGUUGGCUUUAUUUAUGUCACUUCAAAGAUGUUCUGAAAUGGCAUUAACUGAUGAUUUUGUUGCGAAUGUAAUGACAUUUAUCUCAGUAUUUUAACAACUCUGGACUCUCCAUUCUAAAGAGCCUGUUCUGAAGCGCAUGCUUUGUGCGGUAAUGUCAGCACAUAAUUAUAAAAGGCAUAUUCCACCAAAAAAAAGUCAUUUGAAUUUACUUAAUUCAAAUAUGUACAGCGGUUGCACAUGAUUAAAAUGUGUUAAACUAAAAUACAUUAUUUGUUCAUUUUUGAGGAAAAGGGGUGGAAUAUGUCAAUUUAUCAAAUUUUAAUCAUGUGCAGCCAAAAAUUAUCUUUUUCUUCGGUGUAUGACUGGCUUUGGCAGAUCAAAAUCAAUUACUUUUACUUAAAAGGUUUAAAUUUUACCUGGGCUGAUAUUGACCAAUUAAUCGGCUAGUAGCAUUAGCUCAAAUACAAAGAUGUAUAAUACUCAAGCAUGCAGACCAGGCACCUUCCCAAUAUAAAAUGUAAUUUUAUUCAAUCCACCCCAAGCUUUCUGAAGUUUUACAGGGCACCUGCUUUCCCUGCUGGUUACUGAUGGUACUGUCUUGUUAAGAACCAGUGGAGGCAUCAGGGGCACAGCUCAUUCAGCUUUUAUUCUAAAAAGACAUACUGCACUUUCAUUAUGUAUGUCUUUGUCAAACAUGACUUUGCACCUAUUAAAUUGUAUGUACAAUAUAUGCGAAUGUACAUAAGAGAACAUAUGAAAUACGAGAGAAUCAUGUUUGACUUUUAUUUAUACAGCAGAUGUGCAAAUGGAGCGGGACAUCUCGAGUGCCUUUUGUGCACAAUAUUGAUUUUUAUUUUUUUUUAACUUUUGUAUUACUUUUUUUAAAUUUGUUGUCUAUUAGUUGUCAUAUUUAUUAUGAAUGUUACUUUUGUAUGAAUACUUUCAAUUGCUCUUUCUGCAAUAAUUUGUCCAGGGUCAUUUUGAACUGAUUUUCUCUGCUGGGUGAAAGACAAAGGUAGAUUUGAAAACCACUAUGCACCUAAUCUACUGGUUAACAAGUUCAGUAGAGUCUUCUCAGAAUAUUUAUUGCAUCUUGUUGUUUUCCUGGUGAUGCGUCUGUCCUGUGCCUGAGCCAUAAACUCAUCUUUUCUCGCCCUUCUCGUACACAGCAAACACAAUGCAGCAUUGCUGGCAAAUGCACGAAUAAGGGAUACUACUUGUAGAUCUUAAAAGGCACCUGGUUUCUCUUUGUUUUCCCUACAUGUGAUUUAAAACAUUUUCUCUCCUGAAAUUGUAGCUAGGCUGGUGCAAUAUUAAGCUACUAUGAUUAAAAUCAAGAAUCACAAAAAUUACAAAACAUUGCUGUAAGAGAGACAACUGUGCCUGUCUUGUUGUAAUGAUGGAGUGUGAGUUGUUGUCUAUCCUCUCUUUAAUUGUUUGUCUAGUGGUGAGUGUCUGGUCUAUUAGAAUCCUGUGAUAUAACUUACCAGUACCACUAAGUGGAUGUUGAAAAUAUGUGCAUCCAAAUAAAACCUUUACUGCUCAA